AUGCGAUACAGAGGCUUGCCCAGAACAAAGCAGAAGAUGGCAAGCAAGAUGGCUAAAGCGGAGAGCCCAAACGCCAAACCCCAACCUUUGUUCUCCGCGACCCACACUAUGAAAGUCACCCCAACUACGGCCCCAGUAACCAGGCUGAAAAAGAACCAGUUGAAGAAAUUGGAGAGCUUCGGAGCUUCCUCGGGGUUCUUGGGGUCGAAUUGGUCGGCUCCUAACGCCGGCAGCGCCGCCCUCACUCCGCCGGCGCCCAAAGCGAUGAGGUACAGCCCGAUGUAGAGCAGGGCGGACUGCCCGCUCGUGGCGGACUCGCACUUGGUCGGGUCGAUCACCUGGCCGCCGUUGCAGGGCGCGGGCCGGAGUUGGUCGAAAUGUGCUUGGAUUGUCAGCAUUGCAUACCCCUACCACAAGCAUACAAUUUAAUUUCCAACUCCGCAAUGUAUUAACAGCCUAGUUGAAUCAAUAUGUCGAUUGUAGCAAACAAAAAUACGUUACCACGAAUUCGAAGGUGGCGAACAGCGUGCAGGCCAUGAAUUUGGACAGAUAGGUGUCGGAGAGGAAGCCGCCGAAGAGGGAGAGCAGGAAAGCGGUGCCCAU